UCGCCUCCAACACACUCUGCACUCUCUAACCGCCGCCUCCGCAGAUCCUAGGGCGGAGGGGGGGGGUGGGAGGCGCUGGGAGUCCGGGUUGGAGGGGGCGCGGGAGUUGUGGGCGUGCGAACUGUGCGCGCCUCGCCCGCUCCUCCGCGCACGAGCGCGCACACACACACACACACACACACACACACACACACACGUCUUAUGUAACCGAGCUUGGGCAGAGCAGGGCUGCAGAAAGCAGCCGAAACGGCGAGCCCGGCUCCCAGGAGCAGGUGGGACCUCCUUUGGCGGGAGGGGAGUGGUGGCGGCGCUCAGCUCAGCAGGCGGAAACCUUCCCAUCGCCAGAGUCUCUGCCCCCGCGCGGGGCCCAGGCAGUGCGGCCAGAGGGAGCGGCCGGAUGGAGCGGAGGAUGAAAGGCGGAUACUUGGACCAGCAAGUGCCCUACACCUUCUGCAGCAAAUCGCCCGGAAAUGGGAGCUUGCGCGAAGCGCUGAUGGUCCCGCAGGGGAAGCUCAUGGACCCGGGCUCCCUGCCGCCCCCCGACUCCGAAGAUCUCUUCCAGGAUCUCAGCCACUUCCAAGAGACGUGGCUCGCUGAAGCCCAGGUACCCGACAGUGAUGAGCAGUUUGUUCCUGAUUUCCAUUCAGAAAACUUAGCUUUCCACAGCCCCACCACCAGGAUCAAGAAGGAACCCCAGAGUCCCCGCACAGAGCCGGCCCUGUCCUGCGGCAGGAAGCUGCCACUCCCCUACCACCAUGGCGAGCAGUGCCUUUAUUCCAGUGCCUAUGACCCCCCUAGACAAAUCGCUAUCAAGUCCCCCGCCCCCGGUGCGCCCGGACAGUCACCCCUGCAGCCCUUCCCCCGGGGAGAACCACGGAAUUUCCUGAGAUCCUCUGGCGCCUCCCAGCCCCACCCUGGCCACGGGUACCUCGGGGAGCAGAGCUCUGUCUUCCAGCAGCCCUUGGAUAUUUGCCACUCCUUCACCUCCUCCCAGGGAGGGGGCCGGGAACCCCUCCAGGCCCCCUACCCACACCAGCUGUCGGAGCCCUGCCCGCCCUAUCCCCCCCAGAGCUUCAAGCAGGAAUACCUCGACCCCCUGUAUGAACAGGCGGGCCAGCCCUCGGUGGGCCAGGGUGGAGUCAAUGGGCACAGGUACCCAGGGGCGGGGGUGGUGAUCAAACAGGAGCAGACGGACUUCGCCUACGACUCAGAUGUCCCGGGGUGUGCGUCCAUGUACCUUCACACAGAGGGUUUUUCUGGGCACUCUCCAGGUGAUGGGACCAUGGGUUAUGGCUAUGAGAAACCUCUGCGACCAUUCCCAGAUGAUGUCUGCGUUGUCCCUGAGAAAUUUGAAGGAGACAUCAAGCAGGAAGGGGUGGGCGUGUUCCGAGAGGGACCACCCUACCAGCGCCGGGGGGCCUUGCAGCUGUGGCAGUUCCUGGUGGCCCUGCUGGAUGACCCGACGAACGCCCACUUCAUUGCCUGGACCGGCCGGGGGAUGGAAUUCAAACUCAUAGAGCCUGAGGAGGUUGCCAGGCUCUGGGGCAUCCAGAAGAACCGGCCGGCCAUGAAUUACGACAAACUGAGCCGCUCGCUCCGCUACUACUACGAGAAAGGCAUCAUGCAGAAGGUGGCCGGCGAGCGCUACGUGUACAAGUUUGUGUGCGAGCCUGAGGCCCUCUUCUCUCUGGCCUUCCCGGACAAUCAGCGUCCAGCCCUCAAGGCCGAGUUUGACCGGCCGAUGUCUUUGGAGCAGAUCCCCACUGGUCCAUCGGUCACCCCUGCCCAGACUCUGAGCUGCUCACCAGAGUUGAUGGGAAGGAAAAAUGGAGAACACUGCAAGUGUCAAGGGAACAAAAGUUUGGUCUGUUCUGGGGACAGAGAAGGAGCAUUCUCACUUUGUCCUGGUGGAGAGGGGUGCAUUGAGCUCCCCAGAUUUCCCCCUGUGGGCAGAAGAGGCAGACAGAAUCCUGGAUUCUGCAUCCCACUCCAAGCUGUGGCCCUGGAGGGUCCUGCUUGUCCAUUCUUGGUGCUCUGUGUUCCCAGAGGCAAGGGGAGGCUGGAGUAAGGAACCUGGGGUGGGGGAGGGGCUGCAGAGUGGAGGCAGGGAGGGCUGGGUUCCUGCUCCUAGGGCCGUUUGCCUCUUCUCUGCCUUUUCCUAGGCCCAGGCCUGGGAUUCCACCUCUACCUCCAACCUCCAUCACAUCUGCCAGACCCCAAUAAAGGCCCCUGCUUCUCCUGUUA